CUCAACCAGUGUGCAACAAGCUAGUUAAUUUCCCCUUUACCAACCUCAAAAUCUCUUAUUUUCUCUUUAUAUAACAACCCAGUAAUUCAUAGAUGGAUGAUGAUAGAGUAGUUGAUCCAUCACACUGUGCAGGAAAAAAUUCUGCAUAUAGGGAUGAAGGGUCUUGCUUGGGGGAGAAUGAGAGUGAGAGUGAUCAGUUUUCUUCUACCAUCCUUAGCUACAUAAACCAAACACUUAUGGAAGAGGAGGACAUGGAGGAGAAGUACAGCAUGUUCCAAGAUUCAUUGGCUCUCAAACAUGCUGAGAAAUCACUUUAUGAGGCUAUUGGUCAGAAGUACCCUUCUUCUCCUCCUCCUCCUCCUCCUCCUCCUCCUCCUCCUACUCUUGACAACUACACCACCUUGGAGAGCCCUGAUCAAAGUUUCUCUAGCAACUUCAGUGAUUAUAGUUUUAGCAGUGACACUAGUUCUGGCACUACCAGUGGCUUUGAAUUUGAAUCAAUAGAGUGCAACUCCUUUACAAUACCAACCACUCUUCCCAUUCCCAGCACCACCCAUUAUUCCACCAACCAUACAAGCUACUUCACUACAAACAAUACUGGAUUGGGGCUUGAUUCCGCAUUGCUUAGCAAGAGUUAUCUAGUGCAAUUUGAGAGAGGUGUAGAGCAAGGAACCAUGUUUCUCCCUGUGCAAACUCCAUUCAUUACUUACCAUGACAACACUACCCUUUUCCCUUCUUUCACAAACCCUGCUCCUCAUGGGGUAAUUAAGUCAGAAAGCCAUGAAGAGGAGCAUUUUCUAGGGAGGAGACACAGGAAGCAGGAAGAUGAAGAUGAAGAUGAAGCAGAAGAACAACAUAGGAGAAGCACAAAGCGUUCAGAAGCGUACAUAGAUGACACUGAGUUAUCAGAAUUAUUUGACAAGUUACUAGUUCAGGGAACAAGGUUGGGAAAUAACUCAUCUCCAUACAUGAGACAGGGUAAAACAGAAGAAGUUGUGAAUCUGAGGACACUGUUGAUGCAGUGUGCACAAGCUAUUUCUUCUGAUGAUAUUUCAACAGCUAAAAGUUUGUUGAAGCAGAUUAAGCAGCAUUCUUCUCCAAUGGGCAAUGGAACGCAGAGAUUAGCCCAUUACUUUGGAAAUGCACUUGAAGCACGCUUGGCCGGAACUGGUUCACAGAUUUAUAGAAUGUUAUCCUCCAAAAGAACCUCUGCUGCAGACAUGAUAAGAGCUUACCAAGUGUAUUCCUUAGCAUGCCCUUUUGAAAAACUUGCAAUCAUGUUUGCAAACAAUUCAAUUUGGAAUAAGGCCAAGGACGUUGAAACUCUUCACAUUGUAGACUUUGGUAUUGGUUACGGCUUCAAGUGGCCUGCUUUUAUCCAUCGUAUAUCAAAACGACCUGGUGGGUCACCAAAAUUGCGCAUCACAGGGAUAGAGCUCCUUCAACCUGGUUUCAGGCCAUUGCAGAGAGUCCAUGAAACAGGGAAAAGACUUGCAAGCUAUUGCAAUCGUUUCAAUGUUCCAUUUGAAUUCAAUGCCAUUGCACAGAGAUGGGAAACCAUCAAAGUUGAGGACUUGAAGAUAAAGAAAAAUGAGUUUCUAGCUGUGAAUUGCCUGUUUCGCUCUGAGAAGCUGCUUGAUGAGACAGUGGUGGAGGAAAAUCCCAGGGGUGCUGUUUUGGAUUUGAUUAAGAAGGCAAAUCCUGGCAUUUUUGUGCACGGCAUUGUUAAUGGGUGCUAUAAUGCACCCUUCUUUUCGACACGGUUCAGGGAGGCUGUUUUUCAUUACACAGCAUUGUUUGAUGUGCUUGACACCAACCUUGCCCGUGAAGAUCCAAUGAGGUUGAUGUUUGAGGAGGAGUUUUGUGGAAAGGAGGUGAUGAAUGUUGUAGCUUGUGAAGGUUGUGAAAGGAUUGAGAGGCCUGAGACAUAUAAGCAAUGGCAGCUUAGGAUCAUGAGAAGUGGUUUUAGGCAUCUUCCCUUGGAUGACCAAAUCAUUAAUAAGUUAAGGGGUAGGUUGAGAGAUGAUAAGUACAACAGUGAUAUCAUACUUCAAGUGGAUGGCAAUUGGGUGUUACAAGGUUGGAAGGGACGAAUUCUAUAUGCUUCUUCUUGUUGGGUACCUGCAUAGGCAUUCAUAGUGUUGAUUUUGCCUCCCAAUUGUCCUUGGUGCUUAGGUUGUUCAAGCAUGUUUACAUUAGCUUUUUAUAAUUGAUUUAAAAAAAAUUAAUGAUGGGAAAAAUGGGUGCGAAGUGAAAUUAUUUA